AUGACUUCUGAGGAAGAUAUGCCUCCCCUGUUGGGAGAAGAUUCACUCCUAGAUGAUGAUGCUCUAGUUAGUAUAGUUACUGAGGUACUGGACCUCUCUCAAUUACCAACUGGCAGUGCCAGACCUGUCGGAGAUGGCUCUGAAGAUGGCAAUGAAGCUGAGCCAGAACAGUCGCAAGAACAACCGAAUGACUCCCAGGUCUCAACACAAACCAAAGCCACUUCCAGGAAGAGGAGAGAGAGGUUUGCAUACAAGGGGAAGAGCUUCAAAGCCAGCAGUGACCUGUUCUUGAAUGCAAUCCAUAAAGAAGCCUUCGAAGCCAAGUAUCCAGAUGAUGUAGAGAUCGUGGGAACAGUCAUUCAAUGCCAUACAAUUCGAAUGGCAUGA